AUGCGCGCGACUUCCUGCAUGUUUUCCUUGCUCUUCAUUCUCACUAGAAAUGUGAACAUCUGCUUUCAUAGUUAAUCUUUUCUGUUUCUAUUUGUAGUAAACUGUUGAAGCACCAUGAAAACAAGAUUCACCACUGUGGAUAUCAGGGCAGUUAUUGCCGAAAUCAAUGCAAACUACAUUGGUAUGAGAGUAAACAAUGUGUAUGACAUCGACAACAAGACAUACCUUAUCCGCUUACAAAAGCCAGACUCCAAAGCUGUUCUGCUGAUUGAAUCUGGGACCCGCAUUCAUUCCACAGACUUUGAAUGGCCCAAGAACAUGAUGCCUUCGGGCUUUGCGAUGAAAUGUCGCAAACACCUGAAGACACGACGGCUGGUCGGGGUUAAACAGCUGGGCAUUGACAGGAUUGUUGACAUCCAGUUUGGCUCAGAUGAAGCUGCCUACCACUUGAUUAUUGAACUUUAUGACAGGGGUAACAUCAUUCUAGCAGACCAUGAAUAUACCAUCCUGAAUCUGCUGCGGUUUCGUACAGCAGAGGCAGAAGAUGUAAAGAUUGCUGUGAGAGAGCGAUACCCUAUUGAGAAUGCUCGACCCCCUGAACCUCUCAUCAGUUUAGAGCGACUCACAGAAAUCCUCAGUCAAGCAUCAAAUGGAGAACAACUCAAGAGAGUCCUGAACCCUCACCUUCCCUAUGGAGCCACUCUGAUAGAACACUGUUUAAUAGAAGCUGGAAUCCCAGGCUCUGCUAAAGUGGACAGCCAAGCGGACGCUGCCCAAGUUGCUCCUACAAUAUUAAAAGCUCUUGAGAUGGCAGAAGUGUACAUGGAAAAAACGGAGAACUUCAGUGGUAAGGGUUACAUAAUUCAGAAGAUUGAGAAGAAACCAAGUUUAAUACCAGACAAACCCAGCGAAGAACUUUUGACAUAUGAUGAAUUCCAUCCAUUUCUCUUUGCCCAAAAUGCAAAGAGUCCAUAUUUGGAGUUUGAUUCCUUUGACAAGGCAGUGGAUGAGUUCUUCUCUAAGAUGGAGAGUCAAAAGAUUGAUAUGAAGGCUUUACAGCAGGAGAAACAGGCUUUGAAGAAGUUGGAGAAUGUUAAGAAGGACCACGAGCAGAGACUGGAGGCUCUGCAUCAAGCACAGGAAGUGGACAGGAUAAAAGGUGAACUGGUGGAGAUGAACCUUCCUAUAGUGGAGAGGGCGCUACAGGUGGUGCGCAGUGCUUUGGCAAACCAGGUGGACUGGACCGAGAUUGGCGUUAUUGUCAAGGAGGCUCAAGAUGCCGGUGACCCUGUGGCCUGUGCCAUCAAGGAGCUGAAGCUUCAAACCAACCACAUCACCAUGCUUUUAAAGAAUCCAUAUAUCUCUGAGGAGGACCAGGAAGAGGGAGAGGAAAAGGAUGAAGAGCAGAAAGGGAAGAAGGGCAAAAAUAAAGACAAAGGACAGAACAAGAAGCCACAAAGGAACAAGCCAGUGUUAGUAGACGUGGAUCUGGGCCUGUCAGCCUAUGCCAAUGCCAAAAAGUACUAUGACUACAAAAGGAGUGCUGAAAAGAAGGAACGGAAAACUAUUGAAGCUGCUGGCAAAGCAAUGAAAUCUGCAGAGAAAAAAACACAGCAAACACUAAAAGAGGUGCAGACGGUGACCACCAUUCAGAAGGCCAGGAAAGUUUACUGGUUUGAAAAGUUUUUAUGGUUCAUCAGCUCAGAAAAUUAUCUGAUCAUCGCAGGACGGGACCAACAGCAGAACGAGAUGAUUGUCAAACGCUACCUGCGUGCUGGUGAUGUAUAUGUCCAUGCAGAUCUCCAUGGAGCAACAAGCUGUGUCAUCAAAAACCCCUCAGGUGAUCCUAUUCCUCCACGUACCCUGACAGAGGCUGGUACUAUGGCCGUGUGCUACAGCGCCGCCUGGGACGCCAAGAUCAUCACCAGCGCUUGGUGGGUCCAUCAUCAUCAGGUGUCUAAGACAGCUCCCACUGGUGAAUACCUGACCACUGGAAGUUUCAUGAUCAGAGGGAAGAAAAACUUUCUGCCCCCUUCUUAUUUGAUUAUGGGUUUUGGCUUCCUCUUCAAGGUGGACGAGCAGAGUGUGUUUCGGCACCGAGGGGAGCGUAAGGUGAAGACGGUGGAGGAAGACAUCAACGAGGUCACAUCCAGAACCGCUGAGCUUUUGGAGGAGGGAGAGGAGCUGAUAGGUGACGACAGCAGUAACGAAGGAGAGGACAAAGAUUUGGAGAACAAGGAGACUGGAAACAUAAAAGAGGAAAACAAGGCAGAUGAUGGGGCGAGUGGAGACGUUGCUGUUGUUCAUGAGGAGGCUGUGGCCGAUGCGAGGGUGUCGUCGUCAGAUCAGAGUAGUAAGGAGCUGGAGGACGAACAUGAGGAAGACAAGGACACGAAGAGCGCUGAGAGUGAUGAAUUCAGUUUUCCUGAUACUACCAUCUCCCUCUCACAUUUACAGCCCAGCAGGAAUAUUCAGAACUCUGGCUUUAAAAAGGAAGCAGCCCCUCAGGCUGACAUGGACACUCAAGGGAAGAAACACAUGACUGCCAAGCAAAGACGAGAGGAAAAAAAGAAAAAGCAGAAACAAGACGUCUGUGAAGCUGAAGAGAAGAGUGAGAUUUCAACCAGUGCCUCAGCAGUGGACCAAGGACCUAAAAGUGGAGGAGGACCCACCCAGCAGCCACUGAAGAGAGGCCAAAAGAACAAAUUAAAGAAGAUAAAAGAGAAAUACAAAGACCAGGAUGAAGAGGACAGAGAGCUCAUGAUGCAGCUGCUGGGGUCGGCUGGCUCCAAUAAGGAGGAGAAGGAAAAGGGAAAGAAAGGAAAGAAGGGGAAAGAUGAACCUGUGAGGAAACCAGCCACUCAGAAACAACCUCAAAAACCUCGCAACGUGAACGCUGCUGCUAAAAAAACUGAGCAGACUGGAGGAGGAGGAGGGGAGGACGAAGAGGAGAAGCAGCCUGGACAGGAGGGAGCUUCUGCAGAACAGGAGGACAAGGAGGAGGACGCAGACCAGGACAACCCUGGAGCAGAGGAAGCUGAAACUCUGCUCAGCUCUUUGACUGGACAGCCUCAUCCUGAAGAUGUGCUGCUGUUUGCUGUGCCAGUUUGUGCUCCAUAUACUGCACUUUCCAACUACAAACACAAAGUGAAACUAACACCAGGUACCCAAAAGAAAGGAAAAGCUGCACGCACCGCAGUCUUCAGCUUUAUGAAAGCCAAAGAAGCCUCAACGAGAGAAAAAGACCUGUUCCGCAGCGUCAAGGACACUGAUCUAUCCAGAAACGUGCCGGGGAAAGUCAAAGUGUCAGCUCCAAACCUGCUGGCGGUUAAGAAGAAAUGAAGGACUGGGGGAAAAUCUGGUCUGCCAAGUAACAUGUAUGAAAUGUACAAUAUUUUUAUCAAAACGAGACUGAACAUUCAAGAUUGAUAUCUGAUCAAUGUCCUUGCUUGGAUAAAUAGUUUAAUUUUAAAGACUGAUUGUAUUUGACCGGAUAUUUGUUGAAAUGAAAACAUGGAAAUUAACAGCACUUGCAGUACAGUUUGUUUUAUUCUGAAUACAAAGAAACAGUAUGUGUUGUUUUCUACAAUUUAAAAACACCAAAGUAUUAUUGUGCAAACCAAGCAAAUACAAACAAAGCCCUACAGAUAUGAGACGUCUCAGUGCAAAAAUGGCUCCACUUAUACUUGCAGUAUUAAGUUGAAAAUGCUACAGGAACCACUUAUAAGUGUCAAGAUUGUACAGCCUCAUUGAAUUAAGUACACCUUCAGAACAAAGAAAACCACACAUUUUCUUACAAAUAUAUAAAUACCUAUAUAUGUAUAUACACAAAUAAAAAUUUAAAAGAAGAAAUAUUUCUGUGGCUUCAGAGGAAAUAGUCUUGCAUAACUUAAAGCACCAGUUUUAGGUCUGUGUGAACUGACGUGAACAUCUGAUUGUGCCAAACGUGAGCGACUAUUAGAGCAGUGAUCUGACUAAA